AUGCAGGCUGAUGGGGAGCUGGGGCCUCCGGGGCCCAUCCUGCAGCAUGGCCGGGGAACAUCUCUGACCCCGAACACAAGGGUCUGGCUGCUCCGAGACUGCCUUGGUUGGAAGGGCUACCUGCAAGCCUCAGAGCCCGUUCAGCUCAAGAUCAGGCUCAGGCAGAAGCAGCGCCCGCCCCGUGUCAGGUGCGGGGACGUGUCUCCCAGCCUCCAGGGUUCCAGGGAGAAAGCCCACCGGCCUCUGGUACCCCAGACCCUUGAGGCCCUUGCAGCAGGAACCCACUUAGGUGGCGCCAACCUUGACUUCCAAAUGGAACGGUACAUCUACAAAAGGAAAAGUCACGGCUUCAACAUCACAAAUCUGAAGCGAACCUGGGAGAAGCUUCUGCGAGCUUGGGCCAGUGUUGCCAUGGAACACCCAGUGGAUGUCAGUGCCACAGCCUCCAGGAACGCUGGCCAGCAGGCUGUGCUGGAGUUUGCUGCUGCCACAGGAGCGACUCCUACUGCCGGGCACUUUACUUCCAGAAUCUUCCCUCACCAGAUCUUCCGGGAGCCACAUCUUCAAGUAGUGACUGAUCUCAGGACUGAUCCCCAGCCUCUCACAGAGGCGUCUCCUGUUCACCUGCCGACAUCUCUGGGCAGCAUGGAUUCUCUUCAGUGCCACAUGGAUAUUGCCAUCCCCUGCAAAACAAAGGAGCACCCCUGGUGGGGCUGAUGUGUGGGUGCAGGCCCAGGAGGUGGGCUCACACGUGGCACCAACACCCGUGAGCACCCAUGGGAGGUCAUGCCUUAUCUCUUCAUCUUCAGAGACCCUGAAGAAGGAAAGGAGGAGCAGGCUGCUGCAAAGGCAGAGUUUCGAGGUGACUGGACUGCCCCAGCUCCUGAACUCAAGGCUGCUCAACCCGAAGGCAGGGACCAGUGUGAAGGCAGACAGAGGCCCUCGCUUCCUCAGCAGCUCCCCACUGCAGGCCAGAGGGCUUAG